AUGGUGCGCUUCAAGAAUCGAUACCUUCUCUUCGAAAUCGUCUACGCCGACACGCCACUAGGAUGGACCUCUAUUCCUGCUUCAACCAGUUUGGCAUUACCCAACGCCACUCAACCAGGAGAGGCCGCUGAUCAAAGUCCAUUUGGCGACACGGGGAGAAAUAACUACCGGUUACCGCCGCUAGCCAACAAGGACCUCUUAUUUGCGCUCAAGGAUUCAAUAGCGGAGAACUUUGGCGACUAUGGCGCAGGACUCACACAGCGGCCCCUUACCUGUGAGUAUCCCUUGGAAGAAAUGCACAUUGUCUGGGGAGCAUUGACGUUCAUCAAUCAGUUGAAGGGACGCCCCUGCAUCAUCAAGGUCAUUCACACAUCUGGAACUAUCAAGAAGUGCCAGUUGACGACCAUCAAGUACGAUCGGGACAGGAUAAUGUUUCUCCGGAAUCAGGCGCAGCUGCUGAAGGAUAGCCAGGCAUACACACAGCUUGGACUUGCCUACAAAGAGUCUGCCGACGAAGUGAACUCCCUCGAAAUCUAA